AUGGCUCAUUGUCUCAAGAAACAUGUGAAGCAUGUAGUGGGUCAGCAUUGUAUGUCAGAUGAACUGACCAGCGUAUUUGCUUCUCGUCCAUCUACUGGUCCCCAUAAAUCGAGAGAAUGUCUCCCUCUCAUCAUUUUCUUGAAGAACAGAUUUAAGUAUGCCCUAACAGGAGAUGAGGUAAAGAAGGUCUGUAUGCAGUGUUUUAUUAAUAUUGAUGGCCAGGUUGGAACUGAUAUAACCUACCCUGCUGGUUUUAUGGAUGUCGUCAGUACAGACAAAACUGGGGAGAAUUUCCAUCUGAUCUGCUACAGCAAGGGUCACUUUGCUGUUCAUUGGAUUACACCUGAAGAGGCCAAGUAUAAAUUGCACAAAGGGAGAAAGGUCUCUGUGGGGACAAAAGGAAUUCCUCAUCUAGUGAUCCAUGAUGCUUGCAUCAUCCACUAUUCUGAUCCCUUCAUCAAUGUGACUGACACCAUUCAGAUUGAUCAGGAGACAGGAAAGAUUACUGACUUCAUCAAGUUUGACAUUGAUAAUCUGUGUAUGGUGACUGGAAGUAUUAACCUAGGAAGAAUUGGCAUGAUCAUCAGCAGAGAGAGGUACCCUAGUUCUUUUGAUGUAGUUCAUGUGAAAGAUGCCAAUGGCAGUAACUUUGUCAUCCAGCUGUCCAACAUUUUUGUUAUUGACAAAGACAACAAACCACGGAAUUCUCUUUCCUCUGGAAAGGGUAUCUGCCUCACCAUUGCUGAAGAAAGAGAAAAGAGACUGGCAAUGAAACCAAAUGGUCUCUAG